AUGAGGUUCGUGACAGUCGCUGCGGCGACGCUGCCAAGUGUGCCGCUCGACUUUGAGGGCAACAGAGAUCGUAUUCUAGAGUCCAUCAAGCUUGCCAAAGAGAAGGGUGCAACUUUACGAACGGGUCCGGAAUUGGAGAUUCCAGGAUAUGGAUGCCUCGAUCAUCACCUUGAAGGCGAUACCGAACUCCACAGCUGGGAAGUCCUGGCUGAAAUUAUCUCAGACCCUGUUUGCAAGGACAUGCUCGUCGACUUAGGGUUGGGUGUCAAGACCAGGAAUGUGCAGUACAACUGCCGAGUGCUUUGCACAUACAAGAAGAUUUACGCUAUUCGGGCAAAGCAAGCACUUGCCGGAGAUGGUCUCUAUCGCGAGCCCCGUCACUUCACGGCAUGGGUCAAGGAGCGACAGGUAGAGACGCACAAGCUGCACAAAGUUGUACGGGAUGUCACCGGGCAGACCACGGUACCCAUUGGUGACUUCAUCCUCGAGACCCCCGACACUUCUGUGACCUGCGAGACUUGCGAGGAGCUAUUUGUUCCUAGGAACCCAUCAAUCUUCAGUGGCCUCAAUGGUGCUGAAAUCAUUCUUAACUCCAGUGCCUCGCAUGCCGAGCUUCGUAAGCUUGGCACGCGUCUGAACCUCAUCUCGAAUUCGACACGUAGCAAUGGUGGACUAUAUGUCUAUGCAAACGCCUCUGGAAUUGAUGGCGAGGCAAGAAUGCUCUUCGAUGGAAGCAGCAUGAUCAUCCAGAACGGCGAAGUCCUGGCCCAGUCAUCACAGUUUUCACUGCUCCCUGUAGAAGUCACUGUCGCCACUGUCGACCUUGAACGAGUUCGCAGCUACAGGACUAGUGCCAGCCGAAACGUCCAAGCGGCCCGUCAGCCCGAAUAUCCCCGAAUCGACUGCGACAUUGAGUUGGCCCGCCCAAGUGAGGAAAUCUUCAGGUCCAACAAGGUGAUCGCCAUGGAAAUUCCCAUUCGCAUCUUGGAUCCUAUGGAGGAGAUCCAUAUGGCCACCUCGGUGUAUCUAUGGCAGUACCUAGUCCGCAGCUCAGGUGCUGGCUUUUUCCUGGCAUUGUCUGGAGGACUUGAUAGCUCAUCUGUUGCUCUGUUCGUCUAUGGCAUGGCCAAACUGGUCUUGCUCUCCAUCAAGAACGGCGAGGAGAACACUCUGAAUGAUUUGCGCAAAGUCACGGGCAUCAAUGACUACGUACCCGAGUCGCCGGAGGAGAUCGUUGGCAAGCUGCUCCACACGUGCUUCAUGGGCACAGUAAACAGCUCAGAUGAAACUCGAUCGAGGGCAAAGAGACUUGCAGAACGCCUCGGCGCUUACCACACUGACAUCAACAUCGAUAACGCCGUCCAGGCACAUGAGUCGAUUAUUGAGAGCGCACUCGGUGGCUUCAAGCCCAAGUAUGCAGUCGAAGGGGGUACCAACAGUGAAAACCUGGCGAAGCAGAACAUUCAGGCCAGAAACCGACUAGUGGUAUCUUAUGAGCUUGCGCAACUGUCCACUCAGGCCCGAGGCCUUCCGCGAGCCGGUGCUUCUUUGCUUGUCCUGGGAUCGGGCAACGUCGACGAGAACCUCCGUGGAUACUAUACCAAGUACGAUGCUAGUUCUGCGGACCUUGCGCCCCUCGGGUCGAUAUCCAAAAACGAUGCCAAGGACUUCCAGCGCUGGGCACGCGACAACUGGGACCUUAGCAUCAUGUCCGAAUUCAUCGAUGCGAUCCCAUCGGCUGAGCUGCUUCCCCUUUCGGCCGGCGUCCAAGCUGAUGAGGUGGAGAUGGGUUUGACGUACUCGGAACUGUCGGACUUUGGAAUUCUCCGCAAGGUUGACAAGCUCGGCCCGUGGUCGGCGUACCUGCGCCUCCUCAGCCAAUGGAAGGAGCGUCCUGGCUUUGGCCCUCGCGAGAUUGCAGAGAAGGUGUUCCUCUUCUUUAGGUUCUAUGCCAUCAACCGACACAAGGCUACCAUCAUCACUCCCAGCGUCCACUUGUCCGCGUAUAAUCCAGACGACAACAGACAUGAUCUGCGCCCGUUCCUGUAUGUUGUUAACUGGCCUUGGCAGUUUAACAAAAUCAGGAGACAUGUCGAAGAGAUGGAGAAGGUCAUGUAG